GCGUUGUGGAGCAUCAAGCAGGAGCAGCACAGCGGCAACUUCUUCAAAACCAUACAAGUGUGAGAACACACUUCUAACGGGCGGAGGAGAGCGAUGGCAGCGCGGAUGUGCGUGCAAACAGAAAGCUGAUUUCUAUUGUUGGGAAUGCGCGAAAUGCGUAAAAGGCAAACGCGAAGCCCAUCACAGUACACGUGAAGCGCUGCGCCUGGGAGAGACGAGGCGGAGUGAAGAGACACGACCCUGUAGUUAGUUUCCCACAUCGUCUUCCAUUUCUCUUCCAGACUGGACUUACAUCGGAAAGCAAAAAUAAAAAUACAGAUAAGAGUAAAGAAACGGGAUUAAUCAGAGGGAACUCGAAGGUCUCACGAUGAAGAAGAACAAUUCGGAGAAUCGGGUACGAGCUCCAAAAGAGUGGGCGCUAUUGUCACUGUGGCUUUAACUAACGCGCCUUUGUGUUUUAACACUUUGUCUCUGGAUACAUUUGGGGAAACACACAUGCUGAUGCUCGAUUAUGCGCCAUUAUAGCGUUUAUUUGUACGUGUGGGCUGCUGGACAACAUCAUUAAUACUCAUUUGUUAUUGCAAACCUGACAUUUUCCAUCAAAGCUUUACCCCACUUUCCAUCAUUUGCUCGUUUUUUGUUGUGAAUUAGUGGACUACAUAAAGUAAAGAACCGUUUUGUGCUUGUGGAAAGUUCAGCACUGAGUCAAGCUCGCAGUUGGUGUUGCACAAAGAAUGGGACGAUCUCCAUGACAAAGGCAAUGGCUUUGCAGGACACCAACCAGCAGCCUGCUCAACCCGACAAAGUGGGAUGGAUUCGCAAGUACUGUGGCAAAGGCCUUUUCAGGGAGAUUUGGAAAAACAGAUAUGUGGUGCUGAAAGGAGACAAGCUGUACAUCUCAGAAAAAGAGGUGAAGGAUGAGAAGAAAUUUCAGGAAGUGGUGGACCUUACAGACUAUGAGAGGUCUGAGGAGCUUCGGAAGGCCAAGAGUCGGACCAAGAAAAAUCACAGCAAGUUUACACUGCUGUGCACCUGCCAACCAGGCAACACAGUUCCAAAUCUGGUCUUCCUGGCUGUCAGUCCAGAGGAAAAAGAGUCAUGGAUCAAUGCCUUAAACAUUGCCAUCACCAGGGGCAAAAAUCGCAUUCUGGACGAGAGCCGACUUGCUACUAGCUCUUCUCAUACACUCAACAGGAGAGGAAAGGAUGGAGAGGAUGGAGUCAGCACACAAAGCCAGGUUACAGUGGAAGGUGAAAGCUGUUUGGUUCAUCCCACGCGAGACCGAGCCAAAAUCCCACACACACGCCGUCUUCCCACCCGCGGGCACCUUUUGGCUGUGGCCUCAACAUCUACAUCAGAUGGUAUGCUGACCCUUGACCUCAUUCGGGAAGAAGAUGCGCUAUCUCCUGAGAUACAGGACCAGAACAAAUCUGCAAACUCCAGAGUGGACACCAGUAAACUUCUACCUUUGGAUUGUGAGGCUACAGUCAAAUCUCAGAGCCUGCCACGCAAAAGUGAAAGCUCUUGGACCUGGUGUGAGAGCCAAGCACAAACACCCAGGGCUGGAAAGAAGUUCAGAUCCUCGGACAAGAACCGCUGCGCCUCCAUGGAUGAGAUCCUCUCUCACACAGAUGCUAAGAGAUCAAUCCCACACUGCUCAGCCUCAGCCCCCGCACACUCCAUCUGCCAGCUACAGGAGCUCAUCUCGUUAAAACUGGAGAGAACUCAGGAACUGCUGUGUGAGGCGCGGGGUCACAGCCAGGUUUGUGGUGCGAAUUCUGCCCCUGGCAAGGAGGUGGAACGCCUGCUGGAGGAGGCAGCAAAUGCCUGGGGACAGGCUAGGGAUGUGCUGGAGGAAGUGAAGGAAAUCAGAGUGCUGUGCAGACAGCUGGAGGAGGUCUCCUGCCCCAGUGACAAGCUGAAGAGCCCACAACAAAAUCAAUACAGGAAGAGCAUGAUGUGACGAUGUGGAAUAAGGUGAUGCAGCGAGGCCUGGUGAUGCAGCUAAUGGACAUCAAAAUGAACAAAAACUGGAGACUGAUCCGUUUUUGUUUAGGACAGAAAUGGCUCUUAUUUGUCAGGCUAUAUACCUUCAGCAUUGUCCCUGCUUGUCAGAAGUCUUCUUAAACUUUAAAGAGUGUUUAUACAUACAUUCACUCUUCUGUCUUCUGCAACCAUCUACAAUGGUUUUUAUAUUAAAAAACCCUUAGCAGUCUCUCCCUGAAACAACAGUCUCUUCCUGGAAAAAUAACAAUUAUAGCACAUAACAGAAAUCACUGAGAGACCUUAUUUAUUUUGCAGAAAUGGUUUGGUUGUGAUGCCACACUAUGCCUACAUUUUGUGAAUUUCCUCAAAGGACUCACAACAGAUUUCUUCCUAAUUGACAUUACACGGCAGUUAGCAUGUGUGUAAAUGUACACACAUUUACAAAACGGCACAUGCAGACUUUGGUCCUGUUUUACUACAGCUGAUACUAUGUAAAAAGAUUUCCAAAGCCAGAAACAAAACAUUUGCCAUAAUCCAGUCACUGAUGAUGUUACAGCAAGUGCAUGUUGUAGCCAUUGUGAAAUUCUGUCUGCUUUACAAACUCCUGAUUUGUUCCUCUUUUCUCAGUGGCAGUGGCAGAAUGGAGCCACUCAUAUAUACUCAGUGGUGACUUUAAUAGAGACACAUGAACACAUGAUCAGCCUAUCAUGUGUCAUGAUCUUCAGUCAAUAUGCACAUCAGAUGUUAGAAUGAUGGAAAGAAAUCUGAUCUCAUUGACUUGAGAUUUUGGCUGAGCUUUUGGGACCAAAAUAGCUAGUUUGAGUAUUUAGAAACUGCUGAUAUUCUGGAAUUUUCCCAUAACAGUGUUUAGUUUUUAAACACACACACACACACACACACACACACACACACACACACACACACACACACACACACACACACACACACACACACACACACACACA